UCACCCGGCACUCAGGCGGCUGUCACGAGCACCCCGCGGUGCUGACGGGAGCCGCCCGGUUAUAACGGGAGAGGAGGGUGGGCCUCUGCGCGGGCGGCCAUGGGCGACGCCCUCAGGGCCCUGGCGGCCUGCGUCCCCGCCGACUGCUGCCGGGGCUCCGGGGCCAGAGACCCGCGGGACAUGCCGCCCGACAGGACGGUGGACCUGAGUGGCCGGCAGCUCCGCCGCCUCCCGGUGCACGUGUGCUCCUUCCGGGAGCUGGCCAAGCUCUACCUGAGCGACAACCGCCUCAGCAGCCUGCCCCCCGAGCUGGCGCAGCUGCAGAACCUGCAGAUCCUGGCCCUGGAUUUCAACGACUUCAAGGCUCUGCCACAAGCGGUGUGUACGCUGCAGCAGCUCUGCAUCCUCUACCUGGGCAACAACAAGCUCUGCGGCCUGCCCGCCGAGCUGAGCCGGCUGCAGAGCCUCCGCACCCUGUGGAUCGAGGCCAACUGCCUGGGCCGGCUGCCCGACGUGGUGUGCGAGCUGGCGGUCCUCAGGACCCUGCACGCCGGCUCCAACGGCCUGCGCGGCCUGCCGGGCCGGCUGCAGCGCCUGCGGGAGCUGCGGACCAUCUGGCUCUCGGGCAACCUGCUCACCGACUUCCCCGCCGUGCUGCUGCACAUGCCCUUCCUGGAGGUCAUCGACGUGGACAGGAACGGCAUCCGUCACUUCCCCAGCCUGGCCCACCUGUCCGGCCUGAAGCUGGUCAUCUACGACCACAACCCUUGCAGGAACGCGCCCAGGGUGGCCAAAGGCGUGCGCCGCGUGGGGAGGUGGGCCGAGGAGACGCCGGAGCCCGACCCCAGGAAGGCCAGACGCUACGCCUUGACCCAGGAGGACAGCCAGGAGGGAGAGGCACCUGUCCUGCCGUCUCUGCUGCUUCCUCCCGGCUCCUGAUGGGCUUCCGUGUGGGUGAAGGCCAAGGACAGAGGUCCAGGCACCUUCCCGAGACCUCCGUGCAGGGCGCAGGGGCUUGCUCUGGGCCACGGGGGGCCUCUGCCAGCGGGGGGCGGAGGAAAGGCCUCAACUGCACCAAGGAGCAGACGUUUGUGAGCAACAGCUGCGUGCUACGGGGAGCAGAACUUCUCUGCAAGAAAGUUGGCCUGGCCAAACAGGUAUUGUGGGACACUGAAGAGCAAGAAGGCCUGGGACGUCUUGUCCUCCACUGUGCAGAAGCGGCAGGUCACGAAGCUCAUGACUCUUCAAAUAAGGUAUUUAUUAGGGAUUCACUGGAGUUCUGGUGGCCCGGCUCCAGCCCCUCUGCGGGUUAUACUGGGUUUCUAUGAAUGGCCAAAUGUGAUCUGAAAGUAUUAUCAAUUCGGGCCACGUACGAAGGACGCCUGUACAGUCAGGCUGACGGAGCUUCUGGCCGGCUGUUCAGUGACCGCGGAGAAGACCCUGAUGAAAACGCCUCCUGGUGGUCGGGCUGCCACUUGCCACUUGCCGGUGGCACGUGCUGAUUUAGCUUGCUCUCCCUCCAGGGCCUGACCCGAGGUCUGCCCUCCACUGCUGUUCCUACAAUGCCAGGCGGCCUGAGGAAAGCAGGCCUCGGUGGCAGCGUGGUCCCGCUACGAUCAAACCUGCUGUGACCUUCCUGCCUCCGUAGAGCAGAGGCCCCUGCUUCGCGUUAACGAAGCCGAGCUGAACUGAAUCCCUUCGUGUAGGGAAACCACAUUUCCAGAACCGUAUUAGGAUAAAGGUAGUAGGUGAAAAAGGUCUACUUGAAACGAGCAUCUGGAAAUGGGAGUUGUGGGUUGUGGUGUACACAGGGCGCUUCUGCCUCCAGCCUCAAGCCUCCCAAGCUUUGUUGUGAUUUGGUUUGAUUUUCAUAGAUUGGGUCUUUUGAUGGUCAGUGUAGAGCUUAGAUAUUUUGGCCAUGUUUUUAAAUUAACGACCUUUUCCUCUUUCCACAAAAACAUCAACCUUCAAGAUACUGCUGUCGGCGGGUGAUUUAGUAAUACAGUCUUUUAUGAUCUUGGACCUUCCCGCCAGGGACACAAAAAACAUGUCAUCAUAACUAAAACAAUGUGUGUGUAGCUUUUAUUUAUUGUGUGUGUGUGUGUGUGUGUAGCUUUUAGUUACUUUUGCCAUAAAAGCAUCUUAAUCCAGCAAAGUUUGGUUCUAAAAUGACACUGUAAGCAGACUAUUUUCGCAUGCUUUCCUACUAUAAAUACUUCUUGCUAAACCAGAGGAAGAACAGUUCCUUAUCACAAUCUCUACUGCUGCCUCCCAGUCAGCGGAGUAUCUGCAACCCAGCGAUUAGACUGCCAACAGAUCCCUUUAAUCAUGGAUGUGAUAGGUUGUCAAAUAGUUAACUCCUUUAGUAACGACUCCAGAUUCCCAUUAGGCAGCCAGGAUUUAUAGUUUCUUUUCGCAAGCCUGACUGGAAAGAAACUGCACUCGGUUGAUGCUAGGAACCUUAUGCCAACAGAACUGCCUUCUGAGCUGUAUCUACACUCAACUUUAUAGAUAGAUCGGACUUUUUCUUUUGACCCUGUCUUCCUCCUCCCAAGAUUAAUAACGGGUCCACCUUUUCCCACACACCGAUAAGCUACAGCCAUGAAACAGAGUGAAGCCAACUAAGCUAAGUGGGAUGAAUCAAAUGUCAAAUUAUAAACAUUUGGCACAUAGUCAAGGGGUUUUCUAAAAUAAUAUGGCACAAACAUUUCUCAAACAAUAAAGUGUUCACCACUGACUCUGCUAUCCAAAAAUGUUUUCACUAUAGGAUUUCAAUGUUUUAUUAAGUAACCAUGUAAAGCAUAUUAACAUUUGAAAAACCCUGUUUUCCUGAAAUUGACAUAAUUAGAAAGUUAAAAAUGGGGGAAAUGAAGCACUGAAACCCAAAAUGUUAUGCAGCAGAGAAAAAUCUCUUUCCAAUUUUUUAAAAGAUUUGAAAGAGAGCAUUCGCAUACACACGCAUGAGGCGGGAGGGGCAGAAAAGAGAAUCCUAAGCAGAUUCCCUGAUGACUGUGGAGCCCAACACAAUCCUGAGAUCACAACUUUAGUGGAAACCAACAGUUGGACACCCAUCUCACUGAGCCACCCAGGCACUAAAAUCUGUAACAUGGAUUUUAUGGAAAUGAACCAAGUUUUCUUUUGUCCCAAAAUGCAACAUCAUGGGGGUGCCUGGGUGGCUCAACUGGUUAAGUCCUACUCUUAAUCUCAGCGUAGGUCUUGAUCUCAGGGUAAUGAGUUCAAGCUUUGCAUUGGAGCCUAUUUAAAAAAAAAAAGGAACAUCACUAACAGUUUGCAAUUUCACAUUUAAAAUAGCAGGGGUGACGCCUGGGUGGCUCAAUCAGUUGAGCAUCCAGCUCUUGGUUUCAGCUCAGGUCAUGAUCUCAUGGGUUGAGAUGGGGCCUCAUGCCAGGGCUCUGCGCUCAGCAAGGCUCUGCUUAAAGAUUCUUUCUCCCUCUGCCCCUAUCUAAAAUAAAUAAAUCUGAAAAAAAAAAAAAAAGUGGGUUAUGCCCUAAAAAUCAACUACAAAUUUUAGCUAAAAGCACGAUAUCAACUAUACAGUAACUUAGAAGCAGUGUAGUAUGAUGGCUGAGCCUUCCUAACUAUGGGAGUUCAAAUCCCAGCUUUGCCAUUAACUGGUCAUUUAUCAUCUCUGCGCCUUAGUUUCCUUGUUAUUCAUCAGUAAAAUGGUAAAUUUCCACCUCCAAGGGCACUGUUAAGGAUUAACCAAGUUACUGUGCAAAAUUUGCAAAGAACAGUGCCUGGCAGGUGACAGCUAAUAUUUACGUAACAUGUUCCUUUACUAAGUAUUGUACCAUGCAGCACAGUACUUCUAUUCACAAGCAGAACUCCUUGCCUGAAGGCAAAAAUAUGAGGACAAUGGGACAAAAAGGCCUUUUCUGUCUUGGUAAAAUUUUCAGCAUCUAUGGUCUUGAAGAACUAGAACAACAAUGCAGUGAGAAAUGUUUCUGGCUUAUCCUUAGGGAAAACACACCAACAUGAUUACCAAGGAUUUUUUAAUUUCUAAAUGAAUAUACUUUGCCCUUUUGCUCCAUUACUUUAGAAUCUGCAAAAUCACCAAAGUACUUGAAAAUGUGAGACUGUUCCUUGACAGUAAACCCAUGUACCAUGAGAGGCAAGAGUCACAGGACUAAAGACAUGGCUGUGUGUCUGCUAGACAGGACUUUCUACCCCUUUGUCACUGUAUAUAUAUAUACCUUGUAAUCUCACCACCGUAGAAGGGGUAUUAAUGCUAUUGAAAAAAUUAAGUUUACAGGCUUUUCUUCCUUUCUGGACUACUUCUGGAGAAGAGAACAGGAAGCAGAAAUUUACCUUUGGAUUAUCAGUGUCUACUACAAUACUACCAGGUUAUCGGAUUUUUGGAGAUGUGAUCAUGCACUGAGCCCACAGGAUUAGGGGACAGAUUGACACUUAUGAACACCACUGUCGGUCAGGUACUGCCUUCAGGUCUUGUAUAAAUCAAUUCAUAUAAUCGUUUUAAUACCCCUUUGAAAGAGGUGUUAGGUGCUGCUCAAUUUAAAAAUAAAUCUGCCCCCCCCCAAUAAAUAAUAAAUCUGAUGGGCGCCUGGGUGGCUCAGUUGGUUAAGCAUCUGACUCAUGGUCUCAGGGUUGAGUUUGAGCACCACACUGGGCUCCACGCCAGGCAAUGAGCCUACUAAGAAAAGGAAAGAAAGAAAAACCCGAAAUCGUUUGUUCUUAUUCAUUUUGACAAUAUGAAAUGUUCCA